UUUCGUUUUGAAUUUCAGCCUGAGGGCUCUACGUGAUGAGCUUCCUUGUAUAUGCACGUGUUUCAAAAUGAUUGGCCCAGGCUAAAAUUUGGUUUUGCCGCGCUAGGUCUUUGGUGGUCAUCACCAUGGGACCCUAGUUGGGGCUUCGGAAUUCAUCACGUCGCCAAACCCGAGGUUCGAAAACUCCGCACCUGCGUUGACGAGCCUAGCUUCCAAUCCGAACCUAACCUCUGCUUCCUCCCUUUCAUGCUCUUGGCAUGGCGCUUCCAACAAGCGUCUCUCGCUUACAGACAGCACAAGGAGACAAAAUGCAUGAAAUAAAUACCAAGUUUAAUCAGAAAAUACUUCACUUGUGCACUUAGGUCCUUUUCUUUUUUAUUGUUACGGAUUUCCAGCAGAUGGUUCGAGCUGAAAAAUACCGAAGAUCGAAGACGGAGACUGACCGUAAAUGAGGUAUUCACUGAACGUGGUCGAACUUGGGACGUUCCCCUGGGGGAGGGGUAUCUCGAAACCUGCACAGACUUUCUGAACUUGUGGUUCAAAUCUUUUUGAAACUUCACAAACAGCAACUCAUUAAUUUUCAUUUUGUCUUUCUCCUGUUUUCCACGCUCCUUCAUUAUUUAUUGUUCGACGUUGACAAACAGACCCACGGUGGGCCGUUGUUUUUAUGUCAUUUUCUCGCCCUCCAGAUAAUAUUGGAUUUGGAGGUGGAUAUUUGGCCUGCUGUGUGCCUGUUGAAAUUAGUUAAUUUUUAUUGGACUAAAUUUCCCCCACCCCCAAAAACUAUACAGUAUCUGGCAGUGAAGACCGCCUCGAUUUGAGUUGUUGUUUGAAACCUUUCCUUGCAAAAUAGUACGAUUUCCUUGCAAGUAGAGCCUCGUCCUAGCUUAUUUUUCUUCUAAACUGAUAUAUAUCUUUUGUCUUGAAGUGCAUUCGAAUCUGAUGUCCAGCUAACACAUCUCCAGGCGGAACGGCGAUAAUAUGUUUCCUAUGAUAGACCGGAAACUGCUGGUCUCGUGUUCGUAAAAGUGGAUUCAGAGCAUUUGUAUAUUGAAUUUAAAAUUUCUAUUUUAUUAACCAUGUCAACCUUGGAGAAGCCAUCGUCGUCCCAAUCUUUGCCGUUGUCAUCAGUAGCAGCUCGAGAUAUUGAUCCACUGAUAAAGGAUUUAAAUGAAAGGAAGCAGAGUUUUAGGCGCAACGUGGUGUCAUUAGCUGCAGAGUUGAAGGAGGCGCGGAGCCGCCUUAUAUCACAAGAGCAAUCAUUUGCCAAAGAAACCCUAACAAGACAGGAAGCAGAGAUUAAAGCCAGAAGCAUGGAAGAGGAAAUUGGUAGGUUGCGGAGGAGAUUGGAGGAGAGAAACGAGCAACUUCAAGCUUCAGCCGCUACUGCUGAGAAGUAUCUAAAUGAGUUAGAUGAUCUUGGAACACAGAUCGCAGCAACUAGAGCAGCUGCUGAGGCAAGUGUCGCAUCAGCUCAAUCAGCAGAUCUCCACUAUGCAGAACUCGCCAAAGAAUUAUAUGAGAAAAAUCGUUCACUGAAAGAGCAUGAGGUUUGUGUCAUUUGGAUGGGACAGCAAGUAGAUAAUCUACAGAAGGAUCUUCAGGCAAGGGAAUCUUCACAGAAGCAACUGAAAGAUGGCAUUCUGCAGAUUGAACACGAUAUCAUGGAAGCCUUUGCGAAAGCUGAAGCGAACAAGAACUGUAAAUUGAGGAAAAUAUUAGGUGAAGUUUCUCCUAUGAACUUCGAGAAGAUAAAUGAGCUUCUAAUUGUCAAGGAUGAAGAAAUAGCAAAACUUAAGGAUGAAAUUAAGAUCAUGUCUUCUUGUUCGAAGCUCAAGAUUGAGGAAUUAGAAUCACAGUUAGAGAAACAGCGGUGUGUUGAUCAGGAGCUGAAGAAGAGGGUGCUGAAAUUGGAAUUUUGUCUGCAAGAAGCCCGUUGUCAGACGCGAAAGCUUCACAAGAUGGAAGAGAGACGGGACAAAGCUAUAAAAGAUCUGAGAGAUCAGUUAGAAGCAAAACAACGAAGUGAAGUGUGUGCAGAAAAGCAAAACCAAAAUUUCUGGGAUUGCUCUGGAUUCAAAAUCGUGGCCUCCAUGUCCAUGCUGAUCUUGGUGGUGUUCUCGAAGCGGUGAUUGGGCCCUCAAUGUCCUUUCCGUUGUGAAGUAGUUCAAGAUGCAAGGAGUCCAGGGAAGUAUGAGAAACCAUUUUGCUGGUAGAAACUAGGAAAGGAAUACUGUUUAGAUAUACAAUAGUUUAGCUGAUUAGCUUCAGCUUACGCCUUUAAGAUUCUAGUGUAAAAUUACAACCAAGUCUGAUUAGCUGUGCUUGUGCCGUCACUCU